AUGGAAGUACAGGGCUCCAUCACUAACCUUCGACACACAGUAUGCGUUGAGUCGCACUAUCCUAGAUGGAAGUACACAGACCCGUUGACUGAAAGAGUAGACGAAUCACUGGGGUUCCACAUGGACCAAGCUAGUUCCUUGGAACCGCCGGUGACCGGUUCUGUAAUUGCAUACCUGGCGAAACUCUUUAACAAGGCGCACAUGAAAAAACUCAAGAGCAGCGGCUUCCUUAAAACGAAGCUGAACGAAACCGCGCGAAUAAUUUCUAUUUUCAACUGGAGACUCUGGGAGAAUGGGGAGCCUCCGACGGGCUUGAUGAUCGCUCAAACCAAGAGCUCAAAGCUCACGCUCGCAAGACCCAACCUGCACGAUAUCGACACUUGCAUGAUGUCCAACGCGCCUAUCUUCAAGCCUUUGCGUAUGCCAUACACAUCUAGCGCGCAGCCAUUUGGAUACAACCCAGGGACAGGUCCACUGCCCUUGAGGAGCUCAUCUUACAAGGCUACAUGA